GCCGAAGGCCAUCGGCAAGAUCAAGCAAGAACGGCUGUCCUCCAGAGAGCAGCUGCAGGCGGUCAUGCAUGUGAUGAACUUGCUGGACCUGGACUACGAGAAAGCCGAGGUGCUGUUGCGAGGUGCUGAUCCGGCCAGAAGCAUUUGGAGGCAGAGCUACGGAACGAGGUCUUUCCUCUGCAAAAUGGACACAGGGGAAGCAUCCUGGCAGCAGGCCUCUCGGGAGGUCAUUCGCUUGGUCUUGCAGGCGGACCAAGGAGGCCCGCUUUACGCUACCUUCCAGUUUUUGGCUGGGCUUGGAUAUCCCGUUUCGUUCGUCAGAGACGAACUGUGCUCAGGUUGCAUUCAGUUCUCUUGCCCGUGUUGUCAUCAGAAUGCCAAUGCAAGCAAGUCAGACAUGCAUGGUGUUCGAGUGAGGCACAAAGUCCAGAACCGCUACCUGAAGGUGCUGAAUGCCACUCCUGGCUGUCGUCGCACCUGGGGCUUGAAGAUGCUUGAACACCAGAUUCAUGUCUGUUGCAAACUGAUGUCCCUUCAGAUCCGAAAGACCGGGGAGGCAUGGGCCUACGCAGGCAAGCGGUACAUGGAGGUGGCACUUGGGCUUGCACUGGCACAACCUGACGACGUUUUGCAGCAGCUCUUCGCCGAGGUCGGCAAGAACCCCUUUGCGAUCUCCAGCAUUGGACCUGUGAAUGCUGGCGACUUUGACAAGGUCGUUGAUUUGUGCAUGAAGGCGGGCAGAUGCCUUGGGGGUGUAUUGUGA